AUGCAGCUUCAGAUAGACAACUGCCUUAGUGAACUUGAGUCUGGGGAUUUUGGAGAUGACGACGAUUCAGAUUGCGAGGAUUGCGCUCCUCUUUACAACAUAUUGGGAUGUAGCCUUUUCUAUAAGGGAUAUUUAGUAGCCUCACAUCUACCCAGCGAAGAAUUAAGAAAUGUCUGGCUGUACUGUUAUCAUCAUGGUCUGCUCACACUUACUGCACAUGAAUCAGUGAGCCAGUUGGUUGCCUGGAGACCUGUGUAUCCUUACAAUGAUCCAUCAGUUCCUCAAGAUGAAGCCAUCAACCAUUACUUGCUUGUUGUUGCUAUGAAUCAUUGUCUCCUUGGCUUACUCCUAGAGGCAGGAGGAGUGACAGAACCUUUUGAAGAAAAUGCAGGACCUGAUCCUCUACUGGUAGAUCAAGCAGAAGCUUCUCUCUAUCAGCUUCAUGCAUUGCAUGUUCACGCUGUUUGUGAGCAAAGUUUGACUUGUGGUGGAAUUGAGACAGUAAUAGCGGAUGAGAAGCUGGGAAAAGGAACUCCAAUUAAGAAAACAAAAGAAAAGCCUGAGGUUGUUGAAGGAGGUAUAAGACUGCCAGAUGUGCCAUCAAUUUUGAAGCAAAAGUCAUCGCCCUUGCCGGACUCCAGGCUACAUGCCCAUGAUCAUAUUGGCUGUGAAUGUGAGGGAAGUACUGGAGAAAAUAGUGAGGAAUCAUUUACUCAUAGUUCAAGGGAUUCAUCUUUGGCUUUAGAAGAUGAGGAAGAAGGUGAUGAAGAUUCAGAUUCAGAUUGGAGGAUAUUCAAGGCCUGUUUCUUGGAAGGAGUCGAUGCCUGCCUCUCUUUCGCCCCCGCUAUAAGAUACAAAGUAGUCGUUCAUCCCUGUCAAAAGCAUCCUGGAGAUGAAGGUAUAUCUCCACCCACUUCUAAACCAGCUGGAAGAAAUGUAUCCAUCUCGACGACAAGCUCCCCGAUAAUACCGGACACAACCACAAGCUUUACAGGAACUACGACAGAAGAUUCAACUCCAGUUCCAAGUGCAUCUACAUCUGACGGUGACACAAUAUCCACUCUCAGUACAAGAGCCACAACAAUAUCUACAACCACAGCCCAGCAGAAUGUGACUACAACAUCAACCACUCAGACCCCAAGCACUGUUACAUUAAAUGUUACCUCCAACACCUCGACCCCUGGUACACCAAUAGACACUUCAAUACUAAGUACAACAUCAAGCAUGACAUUAAAUACUACCUCCUCAAGUACUAUUACAACUGAUGACUACCAAAACAUAACUAAAACCACUUUCACAACAAGUAAAACAACCAUGCCUAUAUUACUGGAGAUAACCCAAAACACAAGAAUCCCCAAUAUGACCACAACUGCUACUACUUCAGACAAGGACACAACUGUUACCUUGCCAAUCACAGACGCAUUCAUUUUCAAUAGCACUACAUUACCAUCAACUACAGCUCCAAGCACUACGACGGACACUUCCAUUCUAAGCACGGCAUUAAACAAUACUUCACCUAGUGUUACUACGACUAAUAACUCAUUAGCAACUGAUAAUUAUCAGACUAUGACAACAACCAAUUUCACUACAAGUACUAUGACAGUACCCUUAUUACAAGAUAUGACACAAAACAAUACAUACACUGAUAUGACCACAACUGCUACAACUUCUAGCAUGAACACAACAUUUACCUUCCCAACAAUCACAACUCUAAAUACAACUAUAGAAACUUCCAUUCAAAAUACAACAUCAAGUAUGCCAUUAAACACUACCUCUCAAAGUAUUACUACAACUAAUACCACAAUCACAACUGAUAAAUAUCAGACUAUGACAACAACCAAUUUCACUACAAGUACUACAGCAAUACCAAUAUCACCAGAUAUGACUGAAAGCACUACAAACAUCAAUAUCACAGCAACAACUAAUACUUCAGCCAUGGACACAACUUUUACGGACCCAAGUUUCUUCACAUCCAGUUUUAAUUUCACUACAUUCCCAACAAUUACCACUCUAAACACAACUAUAGAUUCUUCCAUUCUAAGUACAGCAACAGGUUUUGCUACGACUAAUACCUCAAUCACAACAGAUUAUUAUCAGAGUUUACCUACAACUACUUUCAAUGAAACUCGCAUUAAAACACCCUCAUUAGAUGAUAUAACUGAAAAUGCUACAAACGCUACUAUAACCACAACUGCUACUACUGCAGACAGAGACACCACUUUUACCUUUCCAAGAUUUUCCACGUCCAUUUCUAAUAUUACUACAUUGACAACAACUACCACUCCAAAUAUAACUGCAGACACCUCCAUUCAAAGUACGACACCAAGCAUGCAAUUAAACGUAACUUCCCCAAGUGUUGCUUCAACAAAUACCUCAAUGACAACAGAUUAUUAUCAGAGUUUGACUACAACCACUUUCAAUAAAACUCAGUUUGCAAUGCCCACAUUGCCUUUCAUAACCGAAAAUACUACAGACACCAAUAUCACCACAACCACUACUUCAAAUUUGGACACAACUUUUACCUUCCCAAGUUUCAACACAUCCAUUUAUAAUUUAACUACACUCACAACAACUAUCACUCCAAAUAUAAUGCAAGACACCUCCAUUCAAAGUACAACACCAAGUACGACAUUAAACACAACUUCACCAAGUAUUACUUCAACAAAUAUUUCAAUCACAACAGAUUAUUAUCAGAGUUUGACUACAACAACGUUAAAUCAAACUCAGUUUACAACACCCAUAUUACCAGACAUAACCGAAAACACUACAGACACCAAUAUGACUACAACUGCUACAACUUCUAGCAUGAACACAACAUUUACCUUCCCAACAAUCACAACUCUAAAUACAACUAUAGAAACUUCCAUUCAAAAUACAACAUCAAGUACGGCAUUAAACACUACCUCCCAAAGUAUUACUACAACUAAUACCACAAUCACAACUGAUAAUUAUCAGACUAUGACAACAACCAAUUUCACUACAAGUAUUACAGCAAUACCAAUAUUACCAAAUAUGACUGAAAGCACUACAAACAUCAAUAUCACCGCAACAAAUAAUACUUCAUCCAUGGACAGAACUUUUACCAACCCAAGUUUCUUCACAUCCAGGUUUAAUUUCACUACAUUCCCAACAAUUACCACUCUAAAUACAACUAUAGAUUCUUCCAUUCUAAGUACAGCAACAGGUUUUACUACAACUAAUGCCUCAGUCACAACAGAUUAUUAUCAGAGUUUACCAACAACAACUUUCAAUGAAACUCGGUUUAAAACGCCCUCAUUAGAUGAUAUAACCGAAAAUGCUACAAACGCUAAUAUGACCACAACUGCUACUACUGCAGACAGAGACACCACUUUUACCUUUCCAAGAUUUUCCACGUCCAUUUUUAAUAUAACUACAUUGACAACAACUACCACUCCAAGUAUAACUGCAGACACCUCCAUUCAAAGUACAGCACCAAGCAUGACAUUAAACGUAACUUCCCCAAGUGUUGCUACAACAAAUACCUCAAUGACAACAGAUUAUUACCAGAGUUUGACUACAACCACUUUCAAUGACUCUCAGUUUCCAAUGACCACAUUACCAUUCAUAACUGAAAACACUACAGACACCAAUAUCCUCACAACCACUUCUAUUUCAGAUUUGGACAAAACUUUUACCAUUCUAAGUUUCACCACAUCCAUUUUUAAUAUUACUGCACUCACAACAACUACCAUCCCAAAUACAACUAUAGACACCUCCAUUCACAGUACAACACCAAAUACGACAUUAAACACAACUUCACCAAAUACUGCUUCAACAAAUACCUCAAUAACAAUAGAUUAUUAUCAGAGUUUGACUACGACCAGUUUCGAUGAAAGUCCUCUUGAAAUAGACCCAUUGCCAGAAAUAACCAUAAACACUACAAACACCAAUAUCACCACAACUGCCACUACUGCAGACAUGGAUACAACUUUUAGCUUCCCAAGUUAUACCACAUCCAUUUUUAAUAUAACUACAUUCACAACAACUACCACUCCAAAUAUAACUGCAGACACCUUCAUUCUAAGUAUAACGCCAAAUAUGACAUUAAACAAAAUCUCCUCAACUAUUACUACAACAAAUACCUCAAUGACAACAGAUUAUUAUCAGAGCUUGACUACAACCAGUUUCGAUGAAAGUCCUCUUGAAAUAGACCCAUUGCCAGAAAUAACCAUAAACACUAUAAACCCCAAUAUAACCACAACUGCUACUGCUCCAGAAAUGGACACAACUUUAACCUCACCAAAUUUCACCACAGCCAUCUUGAAUAUUACUACAUUCCCAACAAUGAUAGACACUUCUUUUCCUAGUACAACACCAAACAUGACAUUAAACACUACCUCAUCAAGUAUUAGUACAAAUAAUACAAUAAUCACAUCAGAUUAUGAUCAGACUAUGAUUACAACCACUUCCAAUCCAAGAGAAAUGACCAUUUCCUUAAUACCAGAUAUGACCCCACAUACUACAACUUCAGGUACAGCCCCAACUAUUACCUUCCCAAGUAUAACUACACCUACUUCUGACCCUGACAUCACAAUAUUUUCACCCAGUACCACUCAAAAUACUGGUAUAAUCACUUCUGAAAAUACAAACACCAAUACUUCAAUUAUCACCAUAACUAAAACUGAUACAAGUCAAUACACAAGCACAACUAUAAAAAACACAACCACUAUGGCAACUCCAAAUACAAGCCAAACCAUUACCAUGCAAAAAACCACAACUACUUCCACUCAAGGUGCAGCCACAACCCUGCCCUUAUCCAGUGCAACUAGGAAUUCUGGCCUGACCACCAGAAACGCCUGGAGGGAGAGUACAGCAAGAUCUUCUGCUUCUACAAGUACAACUGAAGUUACUACCACCCCAGAACAAGUAGAUUGCAACAAAGUCGUUGCUGUUGGAGCGAGAACGAACGAAUACUGGGAGAGUCCGAACUACCCUUAUGGCUACCCUGAUAACAUUAAAUGCACUCUCACAGUCACCUUCCCUCAAAAGGACACCAUUGGAAGGGCACUACUCUCCUUCGAUGAACCAAGCAAAAUCUUUACACACGACGACAAAAAGUGCUCACACGACCAUCUCCUCAUCGCGGGUGACAUGACAGGAAGAAUGUGUGGAAAUCUGGCACCUAAAUCAGUGAGAAUUGUGAAGUAUCCUGGAGUUCCUAAGACAGUUAUAAUAACCUUCACCACAACAGGUGAAGACGGAGGCUCUGCUGUUGGAUUCAGAAUGAGAAUUUCAGGAUGGACUGCAACAGGCUAAUCCCUCUGAGCUUCACACAAGGAAUAUUGAAAACCUGACUUUGACUAAAUAGUUAUCAAAGUUAACAUUAAGGAUUGAAGGAGAAACAUUUUCAAUCAAAUAAAAAUUUUCUCAUAA